GAAGAACCAGAGAGCGAGACGAGUCUCGGCCUCCUAAGUGUUCAAAAACAUCGAGUAACAUUUUCAGGACAUCAGAUAAGAAAACAGGGAAGUCGACUGCAUGAUUUACAUCAAAACUGCAGCGCUGUGUUACGGUUUGACAACUUCCUUGAAAUGUUUUCGGUCGGACAGACGGACCAGUUGUAGACAUAAAUACAUGUCUGUGGGUGUAGUGUUCUGACUUGACUGUUUUCAACGUGAUGCGUUUCAACGAGAAGGAGAUGGUGUCUCUGAGCCGUCAGCCUUCAGAGAUGGCAGCUGAACUUGGAAUGCGAGGUCCUAAGAAAGGAGACGUUGUCAAGAGGAGGCUUGUGAAGCUCAUCGUUAACUUCCUCUUCUACUUCCGGAUUGAUGAGGAGGAGCCUGUUGGAGCUUUGUUGUUGGAGCAGUGUCGGGUGGAGAAGGAGGACAAUCUGACCUUCUCUAUUGCAUUUCUAGAUGAAGCAGAGAGAAAAUAUGUGUUUGAAUGUGGCUCUGAGGAGCAAUGUAAGGAGUGGAUAGACUCUAUUAUCAAAGCAAGUUACGAGUUUAUGAGGAGGAAUCUAAUUUAUUAUCGAACAGAAAUCCACAGGCUCACUGGGAAGGACCCCUUGGAACAAUAUGGUAUAUCUGAUGAAACUCGUUUCCAGGUCAGCAAUGGUCAACAGCUCAAACCCAGAGAUACAUCCUCCCUGUAGACCAGCCUUGUGUUCUAAAUGUGAAAAUUUUAGUCCACUCUGCCAUUCCAAUUGUAAUUAUUUUUAUUUCCGUAGCCUCAGCAUUACUGCAGACACUCCAGCUUUUUACAUUUGGU